AUGCAGUUCAAAAGCCCGGAGAAGUGCAACAAAAAAACCCUAGAGGAAGACGACGAGUUCGAGGAUUUCCCAGUAGACACAUGGCCCGCAAACGAUAGUCUUAGAAACACGCAUAACGGACAGACAAACCUUUGGGAAGAAGACUGGGAUGACGUCGAAGUUGAGGAUGAUUUCACAAAGGAGCUCAAAGCAGAGCUGGAACGCAACAGGCAGCAGCAGCAGUAA